UUCUCAAUUCAUAAGUCGUGUGUAAGGUUUGUUGUUAUUGUUCCUAUAAAUAAUGAAGAAGAAUUAUCAAAUCAUUUUAGUUUGGCUGACUGCUCUAAGUCUCAAUGUAGAAGCACGUUCUAUUUUUGAUAUGGGUCCCUUCAAAGUCGACCAGAGACAGAUUGGAAUAGACUAUUGUCCCAUCAGCAGUAAAAGAUGUAUGUAUGCCAAACACCAUAGACGCCGUAUUGCUGGCACUUCUGACUGGCUUUGGAAUGGAACAUUAACAAUUAUUGAUGCUUAUAUCAAGAAUACAACAACAAUGAGAGUGAUGACCUAUGCAAAAGGUGCGAACGGACGCUACCAAAGCCUGAUUGAUAUUACGCGACCAGUCUGUUCAUGGAUAAAUCUUGUAGAACCAUUCAUUAACGCUAUUUGCAACCACGCUGGCUACUUUUACAAAUGUUAUUCACUUAUUCCGGGAAUUUAUGAAGCAAAAGACUUCUUACUACAACCCCAGAAGCAUUUCCAGCUAGCUGGAGUUCCAGUUCUACCCUAUGGAUCUUACAAAAUUGAAUUCCGCAUCAACAAUGAUAUCAGAAUCAACUGUUUUUGUGGUGUAGUGUUCAUUGAUUUGGUGGAGGAGAGCUGCAUCCUAGUGGAGGAUCCAUCGGCAGCCCAAGAGCCAGAGGACGAAACAUCGGGAGAGCAUACGGACGACGACGCCCCAGAAACAGGAACCCCCAUUUCUCGCACCGUUGCUCGGAUAAAAAACCAGCAGGUGACCGUUAGAUGUAUGCCCGCUCCCGCACUGGAUAUGGACGCCUUCCUGGAAGCAAUAACCAGUAAAGAUAGAGAAAGGAAACAAACAAACAAAUGA